GAGCAUAGAUGUGAUGUCUAGCAUUGCAGCAGCCAUAUUGUGAUUCUGCAGCAAUAAAUGACAAGCCUUAAAACCAGUCCACUAAGAAGGCUAGCAUGAUAAGAUGGAAGGACUUGGAUCAGUAAGCAGCACCUGAACCUACCUCCUAACAAAAGUUAUAUGAGAAAAAUGUGACCCCCUUUCAUUUGUUUAUGCCCAUAUGUGAAUUGGGACUUCUGUUACAUGUAUCUUUGACAUUCCUAACCAACACAGCUACUAAGGGACCAAAAUUCAGAUUCAAACCCAAGCCUCCAUAUGUUAUUCAUUGUUGAAGGUUGAAUUGUGUUCCCCUAAAAGAUGUGUUGAAGUCUUAACCCCUGGUACCUGUGAAUGUAGCUUUAUUUGGAAAUAAGGUUUGUGCAGAUGUAAGCAAGUUAAGAUGAGGUCAUAUUGAAUUAGGGUGAACCCUAGAGCCAAUGACUAAUGUCCUUAUAAGGAGAGAUUUGCAGACACAGAAGCGGCACAGAGAAGGCCAUUGUGAAGAUCAAGGCAGAAACCGGAGUUAUGGCAUCAUAAGCCAAGGAAUGCCAAGGAUUGCUGGCAACCACCUGAUGUUAGAAGAGUCGAGGACAUGUUCUUCUCCAGAGCUUUUGGAUGGUGUGUGGCCCUGCCAACCUUUACAUUUUGGACUUCCAGCCUCCCAAAUGCACUUUCAGACCAUGCUGAAGUCUAAAUUGAAUGUCUUAACACUGAAAAAGGAACCUCUCCCAGCAGUCAUCUUCCAUGAGCCGGAGGCCAUUGAGCUGUGCACGACCACACCGCUGAUGAAGACAAGGACUCACAGUGGCUGCAAGGUUACCUACCUGGGCAAAGUCUCCACCACUGGCAUGCAGUUUUUGUCAGGCUGCACAGAAAAGCCAGUCAUUGAGCUCUGGAAGAAGCACACGCUAGCCCGAGAGGAUGUCUUUCCGGCCAAUGCCCUCCUGGAAAUCCGGCCAUUCCAAGUGUGGCUCCAUCACCUGGACCACAAAGGGGAGGCCACAGUGCACAUGGAUACUUUCCAGGUGGCCCGCAUCGCCUACUGCACCGCCGACCACAACGUGAGCCCCAACAUCUUCGCCUGGGUCUACAGGGAGAUCAAUGAUGACCUGUCCUACCAGAUGGACUGCCACGCGGUGGAGUGCGAGAGCAAGCUCGAGGCCAAGAAACUGGCCCACGCCAUGAUGGAGGCCUUCAGGAAGACUUUCCACAGUAUGAAGAGCGACGGGCGGAUCCACAGCAACAGCUCCUCCGAAGAGGUUUCCCAGGAAUUGGAAUCCGAUGAUGGCUGAAUGAACUUGAGACGCUUCAGCAAAGGCAGCAUUGGUCACGGAGUUCAAGGGAAUAGAUGAGUAAGCAACGUUUCAAAUUUGGGAUGAAAAGACUGCCAAACUAUUGGCUGACCAAGCUUUUUAAAUUCAGAAGAGCAAUUCUAAAUCUAAAGAAAUGUAUCAUUAAAGUAAUUACGUUACAUUGAAACCUGCUGCUGCUGUGACUGUGAGGAGGGUGGGAGUGUGGAUGGGGAGGAAGGUUCUAGGCUCUCUUCUUAUUUUUCUCAUUUCCCAAUGCCUCUCUGUGGGAGAGCUCCAUGCCAGUUUUCACCACUCUCAGGCAAAUACUCUGCAGCUGUUAUUGGAUGGGCCAUUCCGAUCUGCCUUAUGAAAUUCCACAAGAAUGUUAGGGGCACCUAUGGGAUCUCUAGUGGGGUGGGCAGGGUGCUGAUGGGGACGCUGGCCGCAGGGAGGAAGGAACAUCUCGGGAGGGCCCUCUGUUCCUCUCCCACGGCAGAUGCCCUCUUCUGUACGCAAAUCAGCACAGCCUUUAUUGAGCUUUACAACUAACAACCUGAUAGUUGGCAGUUAAUUCACAGUUACAGAUAAUGCUUUUAUUUACAUAAAUAUACCAAGUAGUACCCUCUUAUUGUAUUCACUUCAUCUAUUUUCUUAGAAUACUUGCAAUUACUAAUGACCCCUUCCCUUUCCCUCCUGCUGCCCUGUCCACCCUCCUUCCCCUUCUAACAUCCCUAGAGGGAUGAAAUCUCAGCAUAUGUUGCAGGACACCAAAAGGAAGAAAACAAUCAAGCAAAUAAAAUAAACAGUCAAACAAACCAGGAGUUUAAAACAACAACCCCAACAACAGAAGCCUUGGCAAAGAGGAAUGAGUGAUCAGCAAGUGAACACACUCUAUGUCAACUCUCCUUUUGUCCAGCUGAGAUUUAUGGUAACUUAUUUAAUUAAUGGUCCUGUCUGAUGCAUCCUUGAUGGCAAGCUUCAAAUCCGAUUUGGUAUCACCAAGGAAACCUUGCCCCCAUCACUCAGCAUUGCACUUAGAUACAGAAUGAGUUAGAUAAACUUGGCUUGUCUAGAGACCCAUGUCAUCUUAACCUAAAGGGAAAUCUUAUUGCGUUAUCAUAAAAUUGAUGAUAUCUUAGGGUCAGAAUUGCCCUUUUUUUUAUUUUGAAUGAGAAGUUCUCACUAAAAAAAUCCUGAGAUUUCUUAAUUUCAUGGUUCUUUAAAUAUUAUAAACACAGAGUCAACAUAGAAUGAAAUUGUAUUUGUUAAAAUACACACAUUGGAGGCCAAGAGCAGAUGACUACUCUUCCAAGUAAUGCUGCUCCUUCCUAAAAGUCUGUUUUCAAUCCUGGUAAUAUUAGGGGCACUGCGGCACCUAAGAAGCCUUAAAUGAGAGCUAAUCCAAUCUAGAGAGCGAUGGUGUCAGCAUUUCGGUCUGCAUAUCUGUGUGUCCGUAUCUGCGUUUGUGUGCGUGUACGUGUGCCCCUGUGUGUGGGCCCAGUUUUCAGGCAUGUAGAAUAAGCAUGGAGUCAUAUUGAGGAGGACUCACUUCUUGAAGAUAUGCUUGUUGCUUUACAACAUAUGUAAGCUAUUCUUUAGCAUAAAUGCAUUCAUUCUUUAAUAAAAAUAUGUUUGCAUUAAUAAAGCUGAGGAGUUUCA